AUGUCGAAUUUGUCGAAGCUUGAGUUUGUGGCACUUGAUAUCUCCGGAAAGAAUUACCUAUCAUGGGUACUCAAUGUUGAAAUUCACCUAGACUCCAAAGGUCUUGGUGCCACUAUUACUCAGGGUAAUACAUCAUCGAGUCAGGACAAAGCGAAGACAAUGAUUUUCCUUCGUCAUCAUCUGGAUGAAGGAUUGAAGGUUGAAUACCUGACAGUGAAAGAUCCACUUGAAUUGUGGGCUGGUUUGAAGGAAAAGUAUGACCACAUUAAGGUAACGGUAUUGCCCAGGGCUCGUUAUGAGUGGAUUCACUUACGAUUACAGGAUUUUAAAACUGUAUGUGAUUAUAACUCUACUGUUUAUAGAAUUACUUCCCAAUUGAAGCUACGUGGGGAUAAUAUAACUGACGAGGCAUGCGUGAAGAGGGGUUUUAAAAAGCAUGCUGAUUUGAUCUCAUGUCUUCUUGUGGCUGAGCAGCAUAAUACCCUUUUAUUGAAAAAUCAUGAAGCCCGUCCCACUGGAACUGGUCCAUUCCCGGAACCGAAUGUGGUAGCGAAGACAUGGCCCACCGAAAGAAGACAAAAUAAUCGGGGCCAUAAUAAUGAACGUGGGUGUGGCAAGGGCAAGGGACGAUAUAAUAAUCGUCGUGAUGGUGGUCACCAUAAAAGGGAGAACAAUAUGGGUUAUCAAGGCAAUCCUUCAAGGAGCAACUGUCAUCGUUGUGGUUUGCAAGGUCAACGGAAAAAUGAAUGUCGUUCGCACGAAAUGGUUGCCGUGCUUUAUCAAAAUUCCUUCAAAAGAAAGGCGAAUAGAGGUGGUGCCUCUUCUCGCUUAAUGCCCGGUGGAGUCACACAUGACUUUAAAGAAUGA